ACUACAUAUUUAACGUUAGUAUUUUAAUUUUGGCAAUCCCCUAAAAUGGGCAAGCAUACACCUACGGAUCUGACUCCCGAGGAGCUGCGUGGCCUCGUUUCCGCAUUGAACGCGGAGCAGCGUACGCGUUUGGAGGAGAUACGUAGCUUGUAUUCUAUGCACAUCAGCGGGAAUAAGGAAUUAUUUGACGACUUAUUUUUCGUGAGGUUCUUGCGUGCUCGUAAAUUUGACAUUAAUAAGACCGGUGCUAUGCUAAACAAGUAUUUUAGCUGGCGUAUGGAAAUUAAGGUUGACAGUGUAAUUAAGUCUGAUUUAUCUUACAUUCGUGACCGUGUACGUCAGUAUUUUCCACAUGGUUACCAUGGUACUGACAAACUCGGUCGUCCCAUAUACAUUGAGCGCAUGGGCCACGGUAGUUGCAGCAAGCUCCUGCAGCACCUGACUACUGAGGAGCUUACUAAGUACUACGUGCAGCGUUAUGAGUAUAUGACCCACGUGAUGAUGCCGGCAUGCUCUUUGAAAUAUGGCAAGCCUGUUGAGCAGCUGUUGACAAUAGUUGAUCUCCGUGGUUUUUCUAUAUCGCAAAUUAAUACCAAGUUACGUUCAUUUCUGACUACCAUGUCCGCUGUAACUCAGAAUUACUACCCUGAGUUACUGGGUAAGCUGCUUUUCAUCAAUGCAUCUACAUUCUUUUCUGCAUUAUGGCAGCUCAUGUCACCUUUACUUGAUGCUAAGACUUUAUCCAAGAUAAGUGUGAUAUCCUCUAAAACGGAGUCUCGGAAUAUAGUAUUAGAGCUGGUUGAUCCGGAGCAGUUGCCUAUGUUCUUGGGUGGUACACGUCCGGAUGACUUUUGGAUGGAGUCUGACUUUGGUCCUUGGGGUGAUCCUGAGAUCAUUGCUGAGCUAAAACGCACUCGUCCUCAUAUUCCUCAGGAACUCUAUGAUCUCAGGGACAAGCCGGAGUGAGCUCCGUGGUCCUAUAUUACAAUGGUAGUGCCUAUGUCAUUCUACUGCAGUAAUAUUUAAGACAC